UGAAAGGUUGGUUCGUCGAAGAUUGCAUCCUGGUUUGCGAAAAAGUGGUGUAAGCUUUGCAGAUGCAUGAGCCGUAGUGAACGUGAGUGAGAAGUGAUAAUUGUCGGUAACACAAGAAAACAAGAAAAGAAACGCUGAUAUCUGGUGCUGGUUGUGUGUUUGUGUGGGUGUGUGUGUAAUUUGGUGCUUUGCGAAUCUAUUGUCGAAGAUUGGUGCUUUCUACGCCGGAAGCAGGGGAAGUGGUGGUGGUGUGCUAGGGAAAACGGUAACCGGGGACGUCAUACACGUGAGGCGUCUGCGGCGGAUUGCGUGUGUGUGUUUUGCUCCGUGCGCGGGCGGAGUUUAAGCGCUUGAGUGUGGAGAGCCUGAGUGCGGCGCCACCAUGAGCACGGAACAUCCGGCAGCUAGCGAGCUGCUGGCCAACGCGACAGUCGCCAGCAGCACGGCCAAGGCGAACAUUGCUGUGCGCGCGACGGAGGCAGCCCCGGCGGCGGCCCUCGCCAUCGAUCCUAUCAUCAACCACGUCGGCGAUGGCAUUUUUCUGCAAGCCAAGACGGCCCAGAUUUUCGCCGGCAUCUGCGUCUGGAUGGCACUGUUCAUCACUUGCCAGCAGAUCUACCAACACCUUCGAUGGUACACGAACCCACAGGAGCAGCGAUGGAUUGUCCGAAUACUAUUCAUCGUGCCGAUCUACGCCACCUACUCUUGGGUCAGCUUACUGUUCUUCAACUCCGAAAGCGUCUACGUGUACUUUUUCACCGUGCGUGACUGCUACGAGGCGUUCGUCAUCUACAAUUUCCUGUCGCUGUGCUACGAAUACUUGGGCGGCGAGGGCAACAUUAUGUCGGAGAUCCGCGGCAAGCCGAUCAAAUCGUCCUGCCUGUACGGGACGUGCUGCCUGGCGGGCAAAACCUACACGAUCGGGUUCCUGCGGUUCUGCAAGCAAGCGACACUGCAGUUCUGCCUGGUCAAGCCACUGAUGGCGUUCAUUAUCAUCUUCCUGCAGGCGUUCAACCACUACCACGAUGGUGACUGGAGUGCCGACGGAGGUUACAUUUACAUCACCGUCAUCUAUAAUAUCUCGGUUUCACUCGCCCUGUAUGGACUGUAUCUGUUCUAUUUCGCCACCCGGGACCUGCUGACGCCGUUCGAUCCGGUACUGAAGUUCUGCACCGUCAAAUCCGUUAUUUUCCUGUCCUUCUGGCAAGGUGUUGGACUGGCAAUUCUGGAAAAGGCUGAAGUCAUCUCGCCGAUCGUUGAUGCCGGUGGUUCAACCACAUCCGCUGGUACGGUGUCGGCUGGCUAUCAGAACUUCUUCAUCUGCAUCGAAAUGUUGUUUGCGGCCAUCGCGCUGCGGUAUGCAUUCCCGUACCAGGUGUACGCCCAAAGCUGCAUGACUGAUGCCCACGGUCGAUCCGUUACGAUGCAAUCCAUUUCGAGCAGUUUAAAGGAAACGAUGAACCCUAAGGAUAUUAUGACGGACGCGAUACACAAUUUCCAUCCGCAGUAUCAACAGUACACUCAGUACAGCUCAGGUGGUAAGAAUCCUCGGGGCAUUCGCGUAUCCUCGUACGAUCCGGACGAUCCGAGCAAUCAACUGACGGGGCACGGGCAGCAAGGUGGUCAUGGUAUGGGUAGUGGAGCAACCACGGGCUCGUACAAUGGCAACGGGGCUGGCGGUCACGGAGGAAGCUAUAUAGCUCCACCCACAUUGGGCAGCCAGCGGAAAUUCAUGCCCGGGGCGAGCGUUGUACCACAGAAGGUUUCCACCAUCAGCCAGAACUACAAUGAGAAAACGAUGCUUCUUUCCAGUGACGACGAGUAUCAGUAAACAAACACACACAUACACACGUUUACGAAAUGUCCUUUGAUUGUGCCCCCAGAAGGCAUUAGUGUAGUAACUGUUAAUUCCAAAACUGUGUUUCCACUGAAAAAUGUGUCAGUGUCCUGGAGUUGAUUAAGUUCGUUUGGAGGGUUUCCGGCUCAUUAGUGCCGUCAGUAGGUCACGAGUCCCAGUUAUAAGCAUUGCAUUGAUUGUAUCCUUAUUUUUACCCCAUUUUUUAAAUGGACUUCAGCAUAUGCUUUCCACGAAACUCGUAACUUAUGUGUAUGCAUGCAUUUGUUACCGUGUAGAAACGUUAGAAGUGGAAAAAGUAAGCCUGCUCGAAUGCCUGCGUGUCUCCAGCAUUCGAUGGUAACAAGUUAUACCGAAAAAGUAUGCAGAGCAGAUUAAUUUGUGAAGAGCAAAUUUUCAAACCGAACCGCGUUUCACAUCUCGGCACGUUUAAAUUAAAAAGCAGGUAUAUAUCGUCCUACACCGGUGUCUGGUAUACCACAAUUUUUGUGGCCAAAUGGCCAGGCGCCUCGGGCUCUUAAAAGAACAAUGAAUAUUACAUCCAUACAGCCAUGUAAAGCAAAAAAAAACAACUUUUUAAAAAUAGUACAAUAAUCCUGCCAUUCGUGUGAACAUUUCACCUGUGCGAUACAGCAUUACAUUAAGAUCGGGAAGGAAAUUCAUCGCAGAAUGAUGAAUGCAAGCUAUAUCGUUUCAACAAUUCCGUCACCGCUCCAAUUUCAUAGCGCUGCUAACUUGUACUGUAUUGAAACAUAAUCCUUCCUCCCGGUAAGGUCAAAAAAGAUUUAUUUUGGUUUCUCAGAACUCAUUUCACAGAACACGUUUCACUGGACAAACUCAUCACUGGAUGCGGGCAGGCAUACAGGAAUUAGGAAAACAAGAUGAUGAUUUAAUGAAUCCAUAGCACUGCAGGAACGGAGUAAAUGCUUUACGUUUUAAAAUAGACAAAACUAUUAAAUUUGAUUCUUACAUUGCCAAAACAAAACCGAAAAAAAAAACAAAAAAAAGCGAUAUAAUCGAUGUCACAA